AUGACACAGACUUCUCCCACUGCAUUUGUCGCCCCACAAGCAGGAGAUGCAUUAUCUCCAACUCGCACACAACCAAUAGCCAAACGCAUCAAAUGCAAUGUGUCUGAAUGCGGCAAGCUCUUCAGUCGCAAAGAACACCUUACUCGUCACAUGAAGUCACAUGAUCCCAACCUUCAACAUGAAUGUCCUAUAUGUGGUCGGCGAUAUGCGCGAAGUGACGUGUUGAAGAGGCAUCUAGAUCAUCAUGCUCAGAAUUCAAGCACUAAACGUACAAUGGUCGCAUGCACAUCCUGCCAUGAGCGAAAGCUCAAGUGUGAUGACACAUCACCUUGUCGAUCAUGCAUUCGCACUUCAACAGAAUGUAGCCGAUUGAUUGAUGGUGGGACCAAUCGUAGGAAAAUCGACAGUGUGGGCGUGAAUGAGACUGUUGUCGGGAACAGCGUGGUCAAUGCUCAUAAUUCGAAUCAGGACUCUGAUCUUUCACAUGCCUGGUUUCAAUCUGAAAACCCAACAUUAUCUUUACCUCCAUACUCCGAUGCGACUCUUGAGCUAUUGUUUCAAAGUGAGGUUAUUCCUAGCGGGGACUUUUCCUGGAGUCAACAGCAGUCUGUGGGAGGCAAUCUUACAGAUUUGUUCCAUAUACCUCUGUCUGACGAUGCUCUCAAUGAUCCGCACAAGUCUCGGGUGAACGCAACGUAUUAUGAUGCCGAAUCUAGUGACAGAACCAGGUCAACACUUGCAUCACAAUCACCGUUAUCAUCAUUAUCCUCUGAGCCAGAUCAUUUAUCGGAAUUGCGUAGAACACUGAGUCAAGAUCAAGGUCAUCUGAACCAGCUUCUCGAAGUUUAUUUCACCAAAAUCCAUCCAUCCUGGCCCAUUUUGCACGCUCCGACAUUCAAUCCUCAAAGUAUUUCGCCGAUCUUGCUAGGCUCUAUGCUAAUGCUUGCGAAUUGGUUGGAUGGAAGUCAGAAACAUGAACAACUCGCGUCGGUUGUAUUUGAAGCAAUAUUGGCUGUCCGAUUGGAAGUCCAUCUCUCACUCGACAAGGAGAUUGACCAAUCGUCGCUCCAAAAUCUCCAAGGUCUUCUUUUGUGUGUUGUGUAUACAAUUUCUCUUUUGACUACCAAAGGAAUGUCGUCGAGAGCUGUUUAUCUUAAUGGUGCACUGAUCUCAACAUGUCGUCAUGCUGGUAUUUUCAAUGGACAGAACACAUAUUAUGAGCUGGGUGAUUGUCCAUUUGAUCUUUGGCUGGUUCAAGAACAACUUCACAGACUUGCUUUUUCUAGUCUGAGAGUGGAUGCGUAUCUAAGUGUCCUUAUGGAUUAUCCACCGUCUGUUCGUUAUCAGGAGAUCAGCAUUCCCCUUCCAAAGUCUACAAAGCUAUGGACUGCGGCAACCGAUGAAGAAAGGCGAAAACUUCAAUGGCAUGAACCUGCAGGUCGCGAGAAAGCCUUGUUCUGCUUUCUCAUGCGCGAUCUUAUUGAUGCUAGCGAAGACCAGGCAGUCUCGUAUCAUCUCACUGAUACUGACUACCAUCUCGGACUUUGUUCCCUACAGAUUGGUACUUGGGAAACGGCUCGCGAAGCUUUCUGUUGUUGUGAUUCAGAUGAGCUGAUAACGGAUCCAAAAAUAAGUGAUCCAGUCCAUCGAUGGGGCUCCCAACUCAAUCGUUGGCGUACAAGAAUGGAAGAUUAUGUUCAAUCGCACUCAGAGAUCAACUCUACAGAGUCUGAUCAUGAUCGUAUAUUUCCACAACUGAACCUCAUACUAUGGCAUAUAUCGGCCCUCACAGUUCAUGCGCCCCUAAAGCUCUUACAACGACAAGGGUGUUGCUUCAAAUGUCGUCCUGGAGCUGGUUUGACUACACAAAGAACAAGAGCGCGUUUAAGUAGCUGGAUGUUUUCUCCACACCCCCGUACCGCCCUUUGGAAUGCUGGUCAGAUAUGCCGGCUAGCAGAAGAUAAUAUUUCGAAUCGCUCAUCUAAUACUGACCCUUUGCUCAAUCCACUUGCAACACCUGGAAUUCUCAAAAGUGCAAUCGCUGUUUGCUCUUAUGCAUAUCAUAUUCGUGCCUGUUUCGUAUGCACCAAUGUAUUCGGGGAUUCGGUCGAUCUAUUCAAUGCAUCUCACAAAGAUGACAUGUCAAAGAACUGGACGGAGCACGGAAUUGGAAUGGCUACCUGGGGUACGGAAGCAAUUCCAGUUUGCCAUUGUAGAUUUAAGGAUUUGGAAAUGUGGUUUCGGGAGAGAUUUGCGAGAGAUCCAGGUGCCGAUACACAAUUCACGUCGUUUCUUUCCGGCUUGGGCGAAUGA